AUGACAUUCACGUUCGCCGAGGCCAAGAUCACCGCUUUAUUCGUGGAGUCUAUCGUUUAUGGUGUCUUCUUGGCAACAUCCUUCUUCACGUUCAGAGCUUUGGUACGGAGGAGACGAACACCCAAGCCCGGACCAGUGCGAUGGCCUUUCGCCACCGUGGCGUUCAUGCUCUUUAUAUGCGGGACGUUGAACGUGUUGAUGCACUUCAAGCUGGCGGUCGAUGGCUUAGUGCUGUACGCCGGUACGGGAGGUCCCGACGCGGGUUUCUUCCAGGAUUCCGGCUUCAUCGCCCCUGUGCAUAUAUUAUUCAUGGGAAUACCAGCGCUCCUGGGGGAUGGGAUGCUCAUAUAUCGAUGCUAUGUCGUCUAUGAACGCAAUUGGCGCUUCAUUAUCGUGCCCUGCCUACUCUGGGCUUUCGCUGCCGCCAGCACCAUCGGAUUUACGGUCAUUGAGGCCCGAUUUCCGAACACGCUCAAUGCUACCGUCACGACAUGGACCGACACCUUCACUUGGGCUGUCGUCGGGGGCAACCCCAUCCAAUCCGCUUUACGAGCCAUGGUCGAGUCCGCCUGGAUAUACAGUGUCUUCACCAUGAUGUCCGCGGUUCUCGCGUCGUGCAAGAGCAACGCCGUGUACAUCUUUGCCGACACCAGCGUACAACUCGCCGGGGUCUCAUUCAAUUUCAUCAUCAUCAGAGUUUGGACAAACUCUGCUGUCGAGCACGAAGAAGAAUCUUCGGCUCGUGCCAAGGAUCGCGAGUCGUAUUGUCCUGAUCGCGAAUCCCUUGCCCCUCGUCUUCCGGCUCGGAGGCACAACGAGAGCGGUAUCUCCUUCGACUCGGGCUCCGGCGGACACAUGAAGAUUAUGGACAUCGAGCUCGCUGCAGCUGAGUCGGAUUGGGACCUCACGGGAGGAAAUUACGCGGGUUCCAAGAAAGAGAAAGUCAUUCUGAUUUCAUAG